AUGCCGAAUCCCGGAUUCGUGCCGUUGUCUGCAGAUCCCAAUGCAGAGGAGGGGAACGAGAUCAUCGACAAUGUUACACUGGCCGAAUUUGAGGACACGCAAAGGGAGAACCGUGAGUUCCGCCGCCGCCUUAUGGAAUACGAGAACGAGCGUCGCAACAUGCAGCGGGCUGCGGCGAACUCACCGACAAACAAUGGAGGAGAAGGCACCAGCAACCCGACAAACUCCCCCGACAUUGGCCAAGCCGAGGAUGCGUCGCCGGAUGGGGGCGGCCAGGCAGGUGCGGGUGGGAACGCAACGCGCAACAACGGCGUGGCAGCUGCUACUAUGCUGCCACCAGUUCCCAGCGUCAUUCGUGUGGAGCCGAACCGAAAUGCAAUCCAAAACGCGGUGAAGCUGGCGCACAACCGAGGCGUCAUAUUGGACUUGCAACAGCUGUCAAGCAUGCAGCUGACGUGGGCUCACCGCUACGCCGCCGCCUUGGCAUGCGUCCCCGAUAUUCACAACGGGUUUAAGGGAGCGGCGAAACGUGCGGUGGAGAUCAUGUACUUCGAGACGCCCGACGUCGACCUUGAGUAUUGGACGCCGCGGGACACAAACAUCACUGCACUUUGCACCGCUAUCGGAAUCACCGACGCCGACUAUGUGGCGAAAGUGCGGCUGGUCAUGGAGAACGAGAGAAUGCGCCCGUCCCACCUCCGAAAACAGCAGCAGGAUGCCCGCAACAAGGUCCACACAAUGGGCCGUGUGAUGCUGUACGAGAGCUUCAACAUCCGCAUUGCUCGACCGGAUCGCGGGAGGGAAGUGGUCGGAACCCUCUCUCCAGCAGCAUUUUGUGCCGAACAUCGAGCUGCAGGCACACAUGCUGGCCAGGGAGUAGGGAAGGAGCAGGAGGGGCAGAAGAGUGUGGGGAAGGGGCAGGAGGCGCAGCAGAGUGUGGGGAAGGAGCAGGAGGGGCAUAAGAGUGUGGGGAAGGAGCAGGAGGGCCAGAAGAGUGUGGGGAAGGAGCAGGAAGGGCAGAAGAGUGUGGGGAAGGAGCAGGAGGGGCAGCAGAGUGUGGGGAAGGAGCAGGAGGGGCAGCAGAGUGUGGGGAAGGAGCAGGAGGGGCAGAAGAGAGUGGGGAAGGAGCAGGAGGGGCAGAAGAGUGUGGGAAAGGAGCAGGAGGGGCAGCAGAGUGUGGGGAAGGAGCAGGAGGGGCAGCAGAGUGUGGGGAAGGAGCAAGAGGGGCAUUAG